AGAUAUCCUAGCUCUACUUCUAACUGAUGUUCUGUGCUUUUUACAAGAAAAAUACCAGAAAUACAUCUUUGCAGCGGUAUUGCCCAGAAAAAGAAGGGGGAAGGACAAGUGAAUUCAAUGAAGAGAAGUGGAAAGCUGAAGCCAGAGUGGCUAGAACUCAGCAAUGUCAAGAAGUACUCAGUAAUCAAGACCAGCAAAUUUGCACAUAUUUGGAGGAAACGCUGCAUAUCUAUGCUGAACUGGGGGAGCUGAGUGGCUUUGAGGAUGUCCAUCUAGAACCUCACCUCCUCAUUAAGCCUGAUCCAGGAGAGCCUCCUCAGGCAGCCUCUUUACUGGCAGCAGCACAGAAAGAAAGAAGGUUGUAUUGUAAAGGAUUUGUUUUGACAAAUGAAAAAAAUGUUUAUUGAGUACCUAUUAAAUGUUGUGUACCAUC